UCUGUCACACAUAAAACCCAUUGUCUCUGUCUGUGUGCUUUUAGUAGCUCACUCUGACUCCACAGACAGCAGCUCAGGUUUCACAAUGGCAGAUGAGACGCCCCCAGGCCAAUGGCCCCUCGGGUUCAGGCUAAGCCUAAGUCGAAGAUCUCAGCUUCGAGAAAGCUCUCUCUGAAGAUUCUGCUGCUGCAGAGAGCGAUGGAGGAUCUGGAGCAGGAGAAAGUGACCCGUGAUGAGGAAAAGGUCCGCUACCUGGGCGAGAAACUCCAACCUCUACAGAUGUCCGGUCUUGCAAUGGACGAGCUACAGAAACUGUGCAGACAACUUCAUGCUAAAGUUGACGUGGUGGACGAGGAGAGGUACGACAUUGAGGCCAAAGUCAACAAGAACAACAAAGAGAUUCACGAGCUGAAGCUAAAAGUGCAGGACCUCGGGGGUAAGUUUAAGAAACCUGCUCUGAGGAAGGUGCGCGUGUCCGCUGAUGAAAUGAUGAGAGCUCUGCUGGGGUCCAAGCACAAAGGCUCCAUGGACCUUAGAGCCAACCUCAAAUCAGUCAAGAAAGAGGACAUUAAACAAGAGAAGGUGCUGACCACUGAGGUAGGUGACUGGCGUAAGAACGUGGAGGCCAUGUCCGGUAUGGAGGGCAGGAAGAAGAUGUUUGAUGCUGCUGGAGGAGGACAGUGAGCAGUGUUUAUAGUUUUGUAAAUAUGAGUGUGUGAGAGACUUGAUCUUGUUUAAGCUGUCAGAGCUGCACUUGCUCAUGCUUGGUAGAUAAUUCUCUCAAGAAUGUAAGAGCUUACUUUUUCCCAUGUGAUGUCAGCUAUCAUUUCAUCUCCAUCAUCUCACCACAAUUAUUUUCAUUUCAUGGUGUAAGACCACAGGUUUUAUCUGGAAAUGAUGACUUGAACUGAACCAAACGCACAUAAAAACACAAUGUCAUUUUUUAAACAUUUUCUGAGUGGACCUUCUGGAAAAACUGUAAAUGGAGAAAUAAAAACAUUUUGAUGUCA